AUGGAAAUACUCAACGUCAUAACCAAAGCAUCGGAUCACCCAUUCUGGAAUGGAGUGGUGUCAUUCUGCGGUGUAGCCUAUUUCAUAGCUUGGUCAUAUUCGUUCUACCCUCAAUUGAUAUUAAAUUAUAGGAGGAAACGCACUACUGGACUCUCUCCCGAUUUCAUCUACCUCAAUCCCCUAGGCUUUCUCGCCUUGACCCUCUGGUCAUGGGGAGCUUAUUUCUCACCAAUCGCAAGGAGACAAUACGAAGAACGACAUGGCGAGGGACAUUUCCCAGAAGUAUCUAAAUCGGAUUUAGCAUUUUCCUUACAUGCUUUUCUGAUCUCUACCAUAACGUUAGGUCAGGUAUGGUGGUAUUCUCGAAAGGUCAACAAAUCAAGUAUAUAUGGAAGAGAGGAGGAUCCCCUUCUACCUCACCAGCACCACAACGGAAAUGACGAUAACAGGACUAAAGGUGAUUCGCUAGUAUCCGUCGAACCAACCAAACCCUCUGUACCAUGUCAAAUUGCCCUAGCAGCUUUAUUCGCUGCUGCAGGUAUAUCAGCGGUAUUAGUCUGGUUAGGCAAAUAUCAAUUGUUAGAUUGGUUAUACCUCGUUUCAUCUAUAAAAUUGAUCAUAUCUACGGUGAAAUACAUACCGCAAGUGGUGUUGAAUUGGAAAUUGAGGAGUGUAGAGGGUUUCGCUAUCGGACAGAUCAUCUGUGACCUCAUCGGGUCGAUCUUGUCAUUCGCCCAACUGGUAAUUUCCUCAAUACUCGUUUCACACGACCCACAAGGUAUAAUCGCCAACCCAGCUAAAUUGGGAUUAUCGUUUUUGUCCCUGACAUUCGAUCUGAUAUUCAUCGUUCAGAAAUAUUGGCUGUUCCGACAUGCGGGGAAAGAGGAGGAGGGGGAGGGUGGGCCAGGUGAUGAGGAAGAGGAUUAG